AUGAGUGGAAUUACUCUCGUGAAAUUCUUGAGCCUGGAGAUUUCCAAAGACCAAGUUGGAAAUGAGUGGAAUUACUCUCGUGAAAUUCUUGAGCCUGGAGAUUUCAUGGUGGAUGUUUUUAUAGUAGUAGUGGAUAGUACUCUCACUGGUGAAGCUGCUGUCUCACAACAAAAGUUUCUCAAAAAGGCACUUACAGAACUCCGAAAACGUAGAAUUCCCUUCGUUUUCGCCUCUUCGAAACGCGAUUGUGAAGUGUCUCCUGAGAAUAAGGAGUUUUUGAAGCAUCUGCUUCAUGAAGUCUGCAAGUCGCUAAAGAAGACACGAUGUUGUAGGGUCGAAACUUCGGCCAGACUCAACAUCAAUGUUCAUCAAGCAUUUCUUUCUGCCGCAUUGCUGUGCACGCCCUCUUCCAGUGAGAUAAAUUGCAAGUAUUUUCCAUACUAUCCUCCUCUAAAUGUUGUUCAUCAAUCUUCUCUGAACCCUAAUGUUCGUUUUCGUCAUUCUGAUCGAGCCGGCACCAUUGUUUCCAUUUACGCUGACUCGAAUACUAAUCCUCUGGAUACAGAGAAUUUUCGGCCACCGCCACGGAUUUUUAAUCGAUUCAGCUUAACAGAUAGUUCCGCUUAUGAUUUACCUGUUGAAGGUAAAACUUUUGCCAAUCAACCAUGUUGCCAAGUUCCAAUUGUUAUUUCUUCUGAAUCUUCUAGACAAAUCUCUCUACGACGAAGAAUCCCUCUUCUUAUGGACCCCCCAGGGGCUUGUGCAUCACAUAUGUGCUAUGAGACAAUCAGUGCCAACUCCCAAUUUCCUCCAAUUCACCACCAAUUGCCACCUCAGAUGGCACGACCUCAAAUUACACAUAUCGUCCACCAAUCACCAAAUGCAGUCCAAUUAACUCCAGAGUUGGCACCCACUGAAACAGCAACGCCUCAGCCGAAAAUUUCUGCCUCCAAUUCUACCUCUCAGCCUCUCCUCAUGCUCUUUCUCAGCGGCCCUGGCGCUUCAAAGCUAAAGGCUGUUCUACAGAGGCAGUGCUAUCGAGAUCGUUUACAACUAUCGACUCAGUUGCUUGGCAUGUUGACGCGUGGUUUUGAAAUCACAUUUGGCAUGGCUAAGCGUGCCAAAAGUGUUGUUGAUAGAAAUGACCAGUGCUUCCGCGUUUGGAUAUUUGACGCUGUGGAUCCCCAUUCAGUUCAAAUCAGUCCCUCGAAAUGGCAGCCACACCACGCUCUCCAUCCCUCACCUUCAGCACCAUCGGCAUUCACAACUCCGGCUCAUACUAAUCCCUCCAACAUCCCGAACGCUGGAAUUAGCAGUAGUAAUGGCAACUCAGGCGAUGGAAACAGUCCAUCAGAUUCUACUAAUAGUGAGUGUUCAAGUAGGCAACGCCAGUUGAAACUUAGUCUCUGGGCUAUGGAUAUGACAAUUAUGGAGUUGACUGAAAGCCAAAAAUCCCCUCCAAAGAAUAUCGACGCGGUGGUCUUUCGAGCUGCUGCAGAUAACCCUACUGUGGAUGAGUACUACGACGAAGUGGGAGGAGACUACAAAGUGGAAUUAUCAAAAGCUUUCAAUUUUGCCAAUUUGCUUCGGGCACCUCUCUUCUGCAUUCCAGAAGAGGCCCCUUCCAGUCUGCUGGCUUCUCUCCUUUUCUUCGCCAAAAAUCUCUCUCUUUUCAAGACACUGAUCUCGAAGGAUUCCUCAAUUCCUUGUCUCUUACCAGAAGCUCAGCGGACAGUCAAUAUUCCUCUUCUUCUACAAGUUUGCUCCAGCGAUUCCGAUGGAACUUCUCCUGUAAAUUCUCUUACGAGUAUCACUGAAGGUGCGGAAAUUGCUUUUGAACAGGAAGGUGGAGGUGGAGAUGACGAUGAAGCGACUCGAAGUGAAACGUCAGCGCUUUCAGGACAGAGAAUUGCUGUUUUCUCAUCUUCCCAAAUACCAUCACCUUCCUUUCAAUACCUCCCCCGUGUGGCUAUUGGUUUGGAUUUUUCUACUGACUACACUCUGGAUCGAAGGGAUGAACAGUCACAAUCACCGCUGUCACCACUUGUAAUUUUUGUCACGAUAUGUCAAGUGAGUCUAAUGCUAUCUUUAUAUCAUUUAAGAAGGCUAAAGAUCUCGGUUUCCACAGAUGUUGCACUUUUGGCGGCAAUUGCUCAAAACAAGAAGGAGGAAAGGAGAAGACGUGUAGCCCAAACCAAUUCAGAAAGUGAACACAUAAGAAGUUAUUGCUUACCUCGUUAG